AUGGCGUCUGAUUUUGAAAUGAAUAAUGCCUCUGAUCGAAGUGGAAUUGGUGAUGCAGAUUCCCUGGCAUCUACCGCAGAAAGUGAAGAGGCAGCGGAGUACCUCGUCAAUGACAUCCAUGCGGAACGGAGUCUCUACGUAGAACCGGAUUCUGAGGAUGAUGAAGGAGUCUUUGUCACUCAGUAUUUGGUCGAGUGGGCUGGGUACAGCAUGGACAGGUGCAGUUGGGAGCCGAAGGAGAUGUUUACUUCGGAAGAGACCCUAGACGGCUGGGAAGAGAAGAAAAAGCAGAUCGCGGAGGGCAGGCUGCCUCGCUUCAAUCUCAAGUCAUGGGAGAAGCAUAUGGCUUUGUUGGAGAAGAAAACAAAAAAGCGAAAAGAAGAUCGAAGGCGCAAACGAGAGCAAAGGGCACGACAGAAAAGCCCCCCUCAGGCUGAAUCAUCUCGACUGGCCAAUCCCGACAUCAUAGAUGCCCAUGAGCCCGAAGCAGGUAUUACAUCUCGCAGAGCUCCCAGUCGCCUAUCCGUGGAUUCCACCGCUUCGGCCUUAGUUGUUCCAGCUGAAACCCCACCGCCAUCAAAAAAUGUGGCUCGCCAAUCGCUGCAACAAAUAGCACCUCCAAGAUCAGCUACCUCCAUUGCGCAAACACCCCGGAGCAAUCCUCCAGGGACAACAACCUUAGUUGCACCUGUCGAAACAACCCAAAGCAAGCUUCCAAACUCGCGACUUUCUCAGCUCGCAAAGAAACUUACUGCCAAGCACAAACCCCCGGCGCGCCAGACAAGCCCCCCACAAGCAGCAAAGCCAACAUUGUCUUCUUUUGGUACGGGCCCGGGGGCCAAGCGCGCAUAUCGUGAGAACAAAUGGAACGAACGAGCACCGGAUUUGUCACAAAUGGAGCUGAUGAAGCCCUCUGAAUUUCCACCAAGGACGAACAUAGGCGCCACCACCUCAGUGGUUGGCCCAUCUGUAACAAGUCCCAAAUCCCCGGAAGCCCAAAGUCAACCUGCUUCUGGGAAUUCAGUCAGCUUGACCGGUCCACUAAAGACCCAUACAGGUCAAACAAACGAUAAAGCUACAAAGCAACCACAGAAACCCGUUGUUCUCGCGCCCUCGUCAGUCAUGGCUCCCCCAAUGUCUCGCUCUUCGAACUUAGGCUCCACUGCGUCAGUUUCCUCGUCGGCUGUGUUGUCUGGCCCCACUGCACCGUUGAAUCUAGAGAGACUUGUUGGCCCUGUAGAUUCCACUAUCUCUAUUUCCUCGCAGGCUACCCAACCAAAGUCCUUUCCACAGCCCAACCUCACCCAGCCUGCAGCUUCCGCAGAUUCUAUUGUCUCUACUUUCUCGCCGCCAGGUGAGGCUCCUUUGACGAAUCCUGCUGGGCGGUCAACAUCUGCCGUUACUGCGCCCUCGGAAGCUCCCCGUCCCCCAUCACAAGCCAAUAUCGACAGGCCUACCGGUCCUUCGGCCUCUGCCAGCUCAGUCUUCCCUCCAGUUGUUCAUUCGGGAGUCCGUACGGAGGCUACUUCAGUGAAACCUGCUGUACUCUCGGGUUCUAACAUUUCUGCUUUCCCACCAGCCAUUCCAACCAAGCCCCGUGCAAUGGCCAAUUUUGAGAGACAUACUGAGAAUCGAGACUCGCAAGACAGCCGCGAGACAGUCCGACGCUGGGACACCUAUAGGCCGGACUCACCCAGACAGCCUAACAAUACAAUCGUGGCUGAUACCUACCGACCGUCAGAGCUCUCUCGUCGCUCAUCACCCUCUCGAUGGUCAUCUCCACCCCGACGGUCACCACCCUAUCGACGAUCACCACCCUCCCGAAGGUCACGGUCACCGCCCUCUCGAAAGUCAUCGCCCCCUCGUCGACCAUCAGAGCUCCCCCAUCGGUCACCGCCCCCCAGUCGACCGUCAAGGCCUUCUAUCCGUGGUAUGAGUGAUCGUUACGCCCCUCGUAGCAGCCCACAACCCAGCCUUUCCAUCGCGGAACAAAUUGCAAGAAUGCCGGUGCGUGAUAGCUGGGCGCCCGGUUGCGUCAGGAUUAGUAAAUACUUUUGCAACCAAGCCCUGGGAGAGAUUCUUGUCCACGUAUUUAUCGGGCCCGACAAGAGACCGCGUGGUGCUUUCAGAUUAUGCGGCAUCCGUUCGGAUGUGAAGCAAUCUCUGAUCUCGGCUAAGAACCCAAAAACACACCAAGUCGAGGUUUGGUUUAAGCAUCUGUGCACAGUCAGAGAGUACGAAAGAUUGUGCGAAUCUAGUGAGAUAAAUUCCGUACUGAGUACCGGCUGGGUCGAGGGCUUCAGCGACACCAACGAAAAUUUAUUUCAUCUAGCAGAGGAUCUGCGAAAGGACGACCUCAUCGCCAUUCACUAUCCUAUAGGGAAAAGAAAUGGACCGAGAAAUAUUGUCUGGGUUGCUUGGUCAUGUGGGUCACAGGAAUUCAAGUUUCCACAUCCUGAUGAGGAAGUGCCACCUGGCGUUCCUCUACUCGUAGCCGCUCGCACUAUGCUCGCACCGAUCGAAGCUCUAGGGGCAAGUGGACCUAGCCAGCUUAGUGGACAACCGAAUGGCUUUUUGCCAGAUACUACAUCGCUUUCACUGCGCGUCGAGCCGUCUAGUGCAGAUGAGGGCCUGUCGAACUUCCACUAUGAUAUGAGAAUGGGCGGAUCCGUGCAAUCACAAGAGACGCCGGCCCCAGCGGCGGCCCAAAUCUUUCCUCCCACAAGUGAAUUCAAGGAUAAUUCAAUUUGCGCUAACCCCCAACCCCAAGAUAACCACGCGGUUCAAGCGGCUGAAGCGGUUCAAGCGGUUGAAAAGUUCAUGAAAGCCCACAAAAUCAAUGUGGAAGAACUUGCGACAAUCGAGGAAGGCGGAAAAGUAUCAAAGGCAGGUAUUUUCUACUUGCACUUUCCUCUAGGAAAUGAAGAAAUACAAAACGAACUGCAGCUUCUGCAGGUACACUUGAGGUACCAUGAGAAGAUUGUUUUCACAAGCGACAGCCCCGGAGAUUGGGCAAAAUUUGUGCAAAACAGCAGACAGGGCGUGGCCAUAUUUCACGAAUCAUUCGCCGGAUAUGAUACGUUACAGCCUCCACUCAAUUCUAUCCUUCCAACCAACUCGUUCAAUUUCUGGAUUGUUCGCAUGCACAGAGCACUUGAAUUAGUUGAUCCCCGUUAUUGCUCACCGAGUGACCGCCAUCUACGCAUCUUUCCAUAUGGCGGUGUCAUACUUCUUACCGAAGAUGUAUUGACAGACCUAAAGGGGGUGGCGGUCACUCUCCAAUGGAUUCGGAGUGCAAACAAGCACAAACGCAAAUCUUGGACGUUGAUGCUCCCCCCUGGGAUACUUGAAUGGAUCGAAAGGAGACUCGGCGAUGAAAAUCACUUGCAAGAUCAUGGACUCCUGCUGCUCAUUCACACGUUGAUCAUCAAGAACAACGUCAUGGACCCUCGCGCAGCCUUGUUCGAUAAAGCUAGUCUACACCCUGACUCAAAAAGCAACGUCAUCGCACCCUCUCUUAAUGAAUACGGUACUCGCACAGAGCAUCACGACCUCAAAAUCAAGGACAAAGUUGAACGCGACGCAGACCAUCUGAUCGAAUUCUUCGCAGGGUGGUCACUGAUCAACAUACCACGUUUCCGGAACUUCGUCGCUGUCACAUCUCUCGGUGCUCCCACUGGGGCACGGUGGGACAAAUGGGGCCAUAUGACUGUCAUGCGAGGUGGUUUCGGCCAUUUCUUUAAACGGUUCAAAAUAGACUCGGUGGCCCUCAUGGCCUAUCUGUCAGGUGGUCCCACGAUACGGCCUUCUACUGGCCAAGCAGCUCCCCCGACAACCGUGACCACACCCCGGACGCCUAAUUUGGCAUCUCACAACUCCAACGCCUCUAUUCAAUCUACCUUCACAGGCAGCCCAAACGGUAAUGACAUGAACAAGUACCCUGCUCCCUACAAGUGA